AUGAUUACUACUACUUCUCUCUUCGUAGCCACUCUCGGGCUGCUCUCCCUCGUUCAGGCACGACCUACUGCUGUUCAACGUGACUCUCAACUCACUUGGGUGCAAAAUGGAUGUCUGAUCGAUUCUUGGAAUCGGGCCCUUAGUGGAUAUCAAUUCAGCAAUGACACAGCGAUGACUCAAGAGCUUUGUCUGAGUACCUGUUUAUCCAAGGGUUUCACCUACGCCGGAAUGGAGUAUGGUAACCAGUGCUUCUGCGGCAAUGGCGUCACUUACGGCGAAUGGAGUUCAGGCGCGGGUGUCGACGAUAGCGCUUGUAAUGAAGUCUGUACUGGAAACAGCGCUGAAAAUUGCGGUGGUGAUUGGCGUCUCUGGAGUUUCCACUAUACCACUAAACCAGCUGCUUCAAGUGCUUCCUCUUCAGCCGCUGCUUCAAGCUCAUCCGCUUCAAGCUCCACUACAUCCAGCUCAACCGCCGCGAGCUCAUCUGCACCUACUCCUGUGUCUUCAAGCGCCGCUGCAUCCUCUUCAUCUGCCGCUGCCUCUUCAGCUGCCGCCUCAUCUGCUUCCUCUUCGAGUGCUUCGGUCUCUUCAUCGGCGAGUUCUGCUGCUCCCUCUUCAACAGAUUCUGUAAUCCCAUCCGGGUGGUCGAAAGCCUCCAAUCCAUGUGUCGCAGAAGGAACUUCUGGUCGAGCCCUUGUGGGAGCAUCUACUUCUUCUUCCUCGAUGACUUGGCAAAAAUGUGUCUCAUUCUGUUCUAACGCUGGCUACUCCAUCGCUGGUGUCGAAUAUUCCAGCGAAUGUUACUGUGGAAAUAUCUUGACGAAUGGAGCGGCACUCACCAAGACGUCCUCAAGCUGUAACAUGCCUUGCUCAGGUGGAUCUUCAGUCACUUGUGGAGGUAGUUCCGCGCUCAGUCUCUUCGUUUCGAAUACCGCCUUAUCCUCAUUAUCCGCCGAUUUAACUUCGAAGAUCGUCACUUUGCCAAGCGGUUGGUCAGCAGCAUCCACUACCUGUGUAGCUGAAGGUACAAGCGGACGAGCUCUUGAUUCAGCCAGUAAAUCCUCUUCUUCAAUGACUAUCGCCACUUGCGUCAACUACUGUCAAGGUAAAGGAUACCAAUAUGCUGGAUUAGAAUAUUCAAGUGAAUGUUACUGUGGAAAUGAUCUUGUCAACGGUGCUUCUCUCACUUUACCUUCUACAGGCUGUAACAUGCUUUGUUCAGGUGACGACACGACUUAUUGUGGUGGAUCAAACGCUUUGCAGCUUUACCAAAACCCUUCUUUAGCUCAAUCGCUCACUGUCGUCAACAAGUUCUCCGCUUCAGGCUGUAUUCAAGAAGUGUCUGGUCGAGCUCUCACUGGCGCUUCAAAGACUGCCAGUAACAUGACAGUCGAAAUCUGCACUUCAUUCUGUUCUGCUGGCGGCUUCACUUAUGCUGGUUUAGAAUAUGGCUCUGAGUGUUAUUGUGGUAACUCUUUCUCUAAUGGUGCUUCAACCUCUAGCCGAUCAAGCCAAUGUAACAUGGCCUGUGGAGGAUCAUCUUCGGAGACUUGUGGAGGACCUAAUGCUAUCUCAUUGUGGAAAGCGUAA